AUGUAUGCAGCUUCCAAAUAGAAAUAUAUUAAAUUCUCUUCGAUGUUAGAUUAAUGGAUUAAAACUACAUAUUUGUUAAAUUAGUAAUUCAAAUGCCCCAAUGUGGUGUAAUAUUUAGUUUUCAGUUUAGCAUUAUUUUAGCCUUUUUAUUUCAAAAAGUAAAUUGAAGUUGAUGAAAAUAUUAUUUAUAAACUUUUGCAAAUGUUCAUUAGACCAGACAUCAUAAUUAUAUAAAAUGGAUAUUUUAAUGGAGAAUUUUACAUCAUUUUAUUGCUAAUUUGGCUUAUUCAGAAAUCAUUAUUCAUUCUGAUUUGUUUGCUGAACUCUUUUUAUGAAACAUACUUUAAGAAGUACUUAUAAAAGGAUAUAGUCUAUUUCUUAGGAAUAUAUUUUAUUUUGCCAAUAACUAGGAUUUUUUUAUAUUCUUUUAACUAAUCAUUAAGAGAUUUCAAUGCAGGUCUCACUUCAUCAAUUCUAAAAUCCUUUCUUUGUGUUUUUGGUUAAGUGUUUUAUGCAGUUGAUACACUAUUUUUUAUGAGAAUAGAUCAUCAUCCUACUUCUUUUAAAACUCUGAAAUGCAAAUAAUUUCAGAUUUCGAAUUUUGAUUAUUAUAUCCUCAAAAUUAGAUUACUUUAAGUCAUCCUCUCUGAUUAGAGUCAAUCGAUAUAUUUACAAUAAAUCUAACAAAUCGUAAUUAUACUCUUAUCACUUUUUUAAGUUAUAAAUUAAGUAAGAAAUUGUGGUUUUAUAUAUGAAACAUAAAAAAAAAUAUUUUUAGCCUCUCAGGCCUUCUUAAUUAUGAAUGGAAUAUAUACUAUAAUGAGUUAUAGCGGUGUAAAUCAACAAGAAAUUUAAUUAAUGUCUCUUUUAACAAUGCCAUCAAUUAUCUAUAUCUUUAAUAAAUUUUAAGAGAAUCAGGAUAUUAAACAUUUCACAGCUAUAUUUUUAAACAAAAAUAAUGACCUUGAUUAGAUUGAGAAUUUGAAUAUUAAUUAAAUUCUUUAUUAAUUAGUAAGAAUCUUAAACAAUUGCGAUUGCGUUUAAAGUAACAAGAAUUUCAAGCAAUCCUUAAUAUACUUCCAUCAUAAAAAAUAAUGCAAGAAAUCAUCUUGUGUUUGUGAACUGGACUACAAUAUAACAGAAAGCACAUAAAUUAAUGCUACAACAAGCUUAAUGGUAAAUAAUUUUAUGAACAUUCAAUACAAACAACUGAUUAAGAAACUGUUUUUAACCAAAAUGAAAAACUAAGUAAAACAGGAUUUAUUGAUAUCUACAGCAAUCCUUCUUCAUGAUUUCAAUUAAAUGAUGAUUUCCUUGCAAAUUCUUAGCCAAUUGAAAAAGCUUAAAGAAAAUCAAGUCUUUAAUGUUUCAUUCCUUUAUCACUUUAUGAAUUAGAAAGAUUAUAAGGAGAAGGAAUAAACCAAAAUCAAAAUCAUGUUGUCUAUAAUUGAAUAAGUCUAGAUAAACCUAGUGUUAUAAUAGUCUAGAAUCAAAUUUGAAGCAAAUUUAGGAACAUCCCUUAGGGCAGCAAGCCAAACUUUGAUACGAUAAUACUUAAAUGAAUUUUUAAUUAGUCAAUCAAAUUAGCAGGAAUUAUUAGUUGGAAUGAAAGAAUGUGUAAAAUUAAAAAUUUAGAUUUAUGAAAUAUUAGAUUCAGAUUCUGGAUAUACUUUUUCUCAUCUUUUCAACAAGGUCAAAGAAGCUUCAGAAUAUUUGUUGAAAAUUGAACAGUAAUUUUACUCCCUAUUUACUUUAAAUCCAGAUUUGUCUAUAUAAAAAGCAUUCUGCUACUUCGAGGCAUAAAUUAUGAAUAAUUUACUAGCAGCAUUUAAUAUAAAAUAGUCAGAGGUAAAUUUAAAGGAGAAUUAAAUAAAGUACAGAGGAAUAAAAAACUUAAACUUGUCUGCUGAUAUAAGUUCUUACAUUCUCAUAUCAGUGGAUGAAAAUUUUAGAACUUUUAGUAUGAUCUAAACAUCUCAUAAUUUUUUUAAAUUAUUUGGAGUAACAUUUGAUUUUGCUAACUAUAACUUUAAUGAUAUCAUUCCUUAAUUUUAUAAUAAGUAUCAUGAGACUUCAGUCUAGAACUUUUUUCAUACUGGACAAAACAAGUUUUAUAGAAAUUUUAAUCAUACAUUUAUUAAGAGUCAUAAUGGAUUGUUGAAAUAAGUGAGUUUAUGCAUAGAUAAUACUCAAAUUUUUAAAAUAGAUAAGUUUAUAUUUGUUAGUUUUUUAUAAAGUGUAAACACAGAUCUUCCGAUUAUAGUCGUAGAUGGCCAGACUUAAAUUGCAUAUUUUACAAGCUAAGCUCUCUAAACUUUUGGAAUCAAUGAAUUUUAAUAAAAAUAAUUUAUUGAGGAUGGUGCAUUGCACUAAAUAAGAAUUCUUACUAUGAUUCCUUAUUUUAAUAUGUUGAAUAAAGCAGAAAUGAAUACUGAUAUAGUGACUACAUUGUGUUUCUUUCUGAAACCAUAAUAUAGUUAAGAAGCAAUAUUAACCCAAUCAAGUAUUAAAAAGGAUUAAAAUUAUUAUAUUUGGAGAAACAAAGAAAAUAUUAACUGUUUUAAUAUUGAAAUAAAAAUAGAAAAAGUUAUUGUUCAACUUGCUUACUACUAUUUAUUAGAAUUUAUAUCAUUGAAACAAAUUUUAAGCUAUGAAGAGAGAAAGAAAAUGCUUGAAAUUUACAAGCCUUGCUUAGGAGAGAGUACUAUGAGUAAGGGAUCAAAAUGGAAAGGGAAGCAUCUAAAGAUUAUGAGUUUAUUAUCAUUUAGUUAGUUUGGUCAAGAAAGAAAGAAGAACAAUUUAAGAAUAUAAACCUCGAAAUUAAAAUAAAGCAUUUUACUGAAUUAGAGUUAGGAAUAAAUGAAGAACUUGAAUUAAUCAUCAUUUAUACAAUAAAAUUAAAGUUAUUCAAAUCUAUUAAGUAGCAGAGCUAGAAAUGCAUAAGAGUUUUAUAAAUCAUUCAAUAAAUCAUUUGUUGAAAGCGAUCUCUAAAAUAGUUAACUAGAGAAAGAAGAGUACUCACCAGAGAAGAAAAAAAAUAAUGAAGUAUAAAAUUCAAGAAUAAAUAAUCAAUAAUUAGAAAGAAUGGGACAAUAAUCAUCUAGUGUUGCAGGCUUUUAUAGACCAUUCUUUUAUAAAAGAUAUUAAUUAUUUGAGAAGAUGACUGAAAAAAGGAAUCCAAAAAAAAUAGACUCAUUUUUAUUCUUUUUUAUAGGACAAAGUUUAAUAUUUUUUGUAUUUUCUUUUUUAGUAACCAUAAAUAUGACUUCAGACAUGAUAUUUAUAAUAGAUAACAUUGAAAUGGGAUCAUUACAUGCAAGUAUUAUGGGACCUCAUGAUUUAUUUUUUUCAAUGAAAAUUACUGUGUCUUCAUAUUAAUAGAUGCAAAGAGAAGGAUUGUUAAGUCAAAAUUAAGUAGAUUAAUUAACUAAUCCAUUUUAUGUGAAUAUAAGAUAAGGCUAUUUGGAAUUGAAAGAUAGUUUCUACAGACAAUUAAGAAAUGUGUAUUUGUAAGAAUUUUUUAAUGACAUUGUUUUAACUUUAAGAUUUAUGAAUGAAAAUGAAACAGAAUUGCAACAUAUGUAAACAAGUUUUAGAGAAUCUCUUUUAACAAUCCUAUAGUAUUAGUAUGAUCAUAUGAGAACUAUUGAAUAAAGAUAAAGCACAUCUGGAAAGGCAUGUUAAAUUUUUUAGAUGGCUAAUUAUUUUCUGUUUCAUGAGAAGAUUGAUUCAAUUGCUCAAGAUAUAUAAGGAUGGUUAAUAAACACAAAAGAGGUUAUUGAUAAUAAGGGUAAAAUAUUUUGGAUUAUACUUUAAGUAUUAUUGAUAACCUUUGGUUUUGUUGGACUAUGUAACUUUAAUUAAUACAUUAAGUAUUAUGAUCAAUUCCUACUAAUAUUCAAUGAGUUUAAUAAAUAAUUAAUUUAUGAUCAACUAAAUAGAUGCGAAACUAUAUUAUAAUAGUUGCAAUCAAAUUCGGAUGACAUAAUGAGGUAUCACUUUGAUCAAGAAUUAUAUGAGUAAGAAAAAACAUAAACUUAAUAUGGCAGAGGUAAAGUGCAUCAUCUUAAGCUAUUGAAUAGAAAUAGAUAACACUUGUCAAGAUUUAAUGUCUACUCAGUCAUAGUUUCUAUCACUGUGGUUUAUUUGAUAUACACAAGUGUAAUAUUCUAUAAAUCGUAAACAUUUUUAUCUAAAUAUAAUGAUACUGUCAUACUUUAUAAAAUAAUUCAAGAUCUUAAAUUAAAGAGUGGAAGCAUUUAUUUAUUUAAAGAAAUCAGUCUUAGAUGGGAUAAUUUCACUUUCUUAACUCAAGGUGAAAGAGACCUCUUAUAUUAGUAUAUUGAUUAGUCACAUUACGUAAUUGCUCAAUAUAUACUCCUGUCAUCAACUUAUGAUUCAUCAUAAUAUUUGGUUGGCAACAAAUUUACGGAUAAGUUUAUAGACAUCUAGCAAAAUAAUAUUUGCUUAGAAAUUAUAGAUGUAAGAGCUCAUUUAUUUUAGCAAUUGGAAGAUUUUAUGUUAUUUUAUUGCGAUAAGUCCUUUGAAGAUACACUAUCAAAAGGGUUAAUACAAACAUUGAAUUCUAUUUCCAACUCAAUCCGUAGUUAAUAGUAGAUUAAUAAUUUCACCAAAAGAGUAGAAAUUGAAUUGUACGAGUAGGAAGGAUCAUAGAUAAUCACUAAAUCUCCUUUUAAGUUAUCUGAUUUGUUGUUGCAGAGUGUUAAAGACACUUGCAAUGAAUAGAACAACUUUUUGAUAUAUUUCUCGUUAAUUUAUUUACUCAUAUCUGCUUUUCUAAUUGUUUUCAUAAAGUAACUCUAUAGAAAAUACUUAAUAAAGGAAUACCACUAAAUCAGAUAGUCGUUAUUUUUGAUACCGAAAGAAUCAAUCCUAUAUGAUGAGUCUUUGGAAAGAUAUCUCAGAGAAAUAGCACUGCAUCAAGGUUUAAUUUGA